AUGUGUUCUCGUUCCAGAAUAGAUGUCUGUCGUUGUGAGUUUUGUGAUGGACACUUUUCUGUUCCAAGUAUUCCAAAGGUAUUGCCUUGUACUCAUGUAAUCUGUAGAGAUUGUAUAGUGUCAUUAAUACAAUCCCAAAAAUCACAUAACGAAUACCCUGAAGAAGAGUCUGAGUUAUAUUGUCCUCAGUGUCAUAAGUUUAUUCAGUUACCUUUUGGAUCACCAGAAAUACUACCAACUCCUUAUAAACGAAUUAAAAAAGCAUUUGAAUUUGCACAAUGUACAGAUGAAAAAGAGUGUGAAAAUAAAGCACUAGGAUAUUGCUUUAAUUGUCAAGUAAAAUUUUGUACUGACCAUUCUUCUUUACACGUUAAACGAAAACAUUCAGUAGAAGUCUUUAAACCUGGAAAAUUUUGUUUGGUUCAUAUGAAAUCAGCAGAGAUGUAUUGUUAUACAUGUCAAUGUGUUAUUUGUUCAGUAUGUCAAAGAGAUAUUCAUCGUAAACAUAGCAUAACACCAUUGUCAUUGUUUUAUGCUCAUUACAUGAAAGAUCCAACAUUACCGGAGUUGUAUCAAAACUUAAGAAAACUUUCAAAUUGUUUGACAAAAAUUAAUUCAUUAACAAGAAUUGAUGAUUCAAAAGAAAUUAUUUCAUGUUUGAGGAGUAUUAAUUAUCCACAGAGUUCAUUUUUACAAAAAAUUGAGAAAAUUUCAACCAUUAUAUUACCUAUUAACACAACAAAAACAAUUUCAUUAAACGAAUUAUGUGCAAAUUUAUUACAUCAUGUUCAAAUUCAAAUAUAUCCUACAAGACCUAUACCACAUCCACCUUCUACAGGUCAUUUAAAAUAUUCAUUAUCAACUCUUCAAAUAGAAAAGUCUCUAACAGAAGGAGGAAUUCUUACUAUUAGUGUAAAUGAAGAUGGAAUAGUUUUACAUGGAGAACAAGAAGGAGAUGUUUUAAUAAAAACAACUUGCAAAGGAAUAGAAACAGAUAAUUCUCCUAUUCGUGUUCGUAUUGCACCGCCAUUACAAGUCAUUUCAUCAAAUGCCACAAGUGAUAAAUGUCACGUUCAUAUUACAUAUCUUUGUAGUAUUAAUGGUGGGUAUGCAAUAGUAGAUAGUGGGAAUAGUUGUGUUAAAAUUAUUGGAAAUGAAUUUAUGAUAUUUGGUGGACGAGGAAAUGGAAGAGGACAAUUUAAAAAUCCUAUUGGAAUUACAAUUGGGGUUGUUGGUAAAGAAGAGUGGGUUUGGGUAGUGGAUAAGGGGAAUAAUAGAGUUCAACUAUUUAUAAAAGGAAGGUAUGUAAGGUCAUAUCAAAAAGAAGGUAAAAGUGCAUUAAAAGCACCGAGCUCAUGUGUCUAUGUACAGAAAGAACAAUUAUUAUAUGUUACUGAUACAGGGAAUGAUAGAAUUGCAAUAUUUGCUCAUGACGGAACAUUUAUAAAGGCGAUAGGAGUUGAUUUUAAUCAACCAACUGACAUUAAGGCUAUUACAAUAGGAAAUCAAGUUAUGUUUGUUAUUGCUGAUACAGGAAAUAAUAGAAUUGUAAUAACAAAUAAUCAAGGGUAUAUUAUUCAAGUAAAAGGUGGUGGUAUCGGAGAAGAGAGAAGAGGAAAGUUUAACCACCCUAUUCUUCUUGCUGUUGACCAUAGAAGACAAGAGAUAUAUGUCUCUGAAGGAAAAGUUAGAAUACAAAAAUUUGAUUUUGGUUUUAGUUAUAAACAAACAUUUGAUCUUCAAGUUGGUGAUGUAACAUCAAUGCAUUAUGAUUUGUUGAGUGAUGUUUUAGUUGUAUGUGGGAGUAGUUGUGAUGAUAUUCAUUUAUUUACACAAGAGUUAUUAGAGUAUUAUGUUAUUUAA